AUGGCGACAAGACGAGCCAUUCCCCAACAAGCUAGAGGUGAUCCAAUCGACAUGAAAAACGCGGCAGCAAAGAACCGUCGCGCUCUCGGCGACAUCGGAAACAUCAAUUCUCUUCCCGGAGUUGACGCAUCUAAGAUUAAUCGCCCCGUUACCCGUAACUUUCGUGCCCAGUUGCUUGGAAACGCUCAAGUUUUACCCGCCGCUAACAAAAAGCAAAUCAAUCUGGGCAAGGCUCCUGUUCUCGAUGGUGCUCAGGUUUUACCCAAGAAACCAGAAGCGGCGGCUCAAAACAAAGCGAGAGCUGUGAAGCGGCAGCCGUUGAAACCAAUUGAAGUGAUUGAGAUUAGUCCUGAUACAAGCGAGGAGAAGAAGAAAGUGACUUACUCUUCCGUUCUCAACGCUAGAAGCAAGGCUGCUGCUUCCAAGUCUCUGGAUAUUGACUCUGUCGACAAAGACAAUGACCUUGCUGCUGUGGAGUAUGUUGAGGACAUGUACACGUUCUACAAAGAAGUUGAGAAUGAGAGCAAGCCUGUAAUGUAUAUGCCAACACAGACUGAGAUUAACGAGAAGAUGAGAUCAAUUCUUGUCGACUGGCUUGUUGAGGUUCACAUCAAGUUUGAUCUGUCCCCUGAGACUCUCUACCUAACAAUCAACCUGAUUGAUCGUUUCCUGUCUCUGAAAACUGUACCAAGAAGAGAGCUCCAGCUUCUAGGUGUUAGCGCUUUGCUCAUAGCUUCGAAAUACGAAGAGAUAUGGCCUCCUCAGGUCAACGAUUUGGUGUAUGUGACGGAUAACUCCUACAGCAACAAGCAGAUACUAGUGAUGGAGAAAACCAUUUUGGGAAGUCUUGAAUGGUACUUGACAGUUCCAACGCAGUACGUGUUCCUUGUGAGAUUCACUAAAGCUGCGAUUUCUGAUCCGGAAGUGGAGAACAUGGUUCACUACCUAGCUGAAUUGGGUUUGAUGAACUACGAGACUUUGAAGUUUCCUCCUUCUCUGCUCGCUGCUUCAGCAGUCUACGCUGCGAGGUGCUUCUUAAACAAGAGACCUGCUUGGAAUGAUACUCUGAAAUUCCACACUGGUUACGCUGCAUUUGAGAUCCUGCAAUGCGCAAAGCGUUUAGCUUUGAUUCACUCGAGAGUUGGGGAGGGAAAGCUACGCGCUGUGUUCAAGAAGUAUUCGAAGUCAGAGAGAUGUGCUGUUGCUUUGGUUACACCAGCCGAGUCUCUUGUGUCUCCUAGGUCAUGA